UUUCAAACCCAAACAUUCUUGACACGAUUCAAAGAGUUUUUUGGCUCUUUCUGUUCUUUGCGGAGCGAACAUGACACAAGUGAAAGAUUCGCGUACAUGCGUUUUGCCCAAACUGGACGAAUCUGUCGUAACACCCGGCUUCGCUUACAACAUUGCGAGGUAUUUUCCUUCGGGAACUCAGGCUGAUAAAGAGAGGUGUGUAGAACUCAUGGAGAAGAUUGGAGUAUCACCAGAUCCAGCAAUGUGGUAUUCAAGAGCCCCUCGAUCGCGGACUCCGGUAUCUCCCGCGCGACCACGAAGCGUGCCGCCACGAUGCGCUCGUUUCCCCGAGAACAGCAAACCAAGCUAUACAAAAAACCCGGAGUUGUUCUACAUGACAACCAAUAAAAGGGAAUUCGGAGCAACUUUCGGUCCGCCGGCAGAGAAUGCAAGACCAAGGACUUCCAAGAUAUUUCCAAGUAGAAGUAACAACAACUCCACAACAUAUCAGGCUGAUUUUAAUGCAAAGAAUACAAAAAAAGAAGAAGGGAUUCGCACAGGUAGCUCGUCUGGUAACAGAAGGAAUAAUCCACACCCCUCCGAGGCAUUCAUGACAUGGAAAUUCUCAGGCCGUUUUCCAUCAGUCCCUGCUGAAGAUAUUGACCCAGAAGUAAUGAAUGAAGUGUGUAAAGAUGAGCUUAAAUCUACUUAUCACAGUGAUUACACAGGAAUUCCACAAGGGGUGAAUGUUUGUACUGUGUUUGAGGGAAAUCUUACUCCCUCUCUGUACAAACCUCCCCAUACAUUGGACUCCACCUCCCGCUACAGUUAUCAGGUACCUGUUGUAAGGCAUACAUUAUCAGCAAACUUUACACGUUUUGGGUGUAACAGGAACAAGUAUAAGCCAGCUGUGGGUGCAGUUCCUACAGUAUCCUACAAUUCUCCCCAAAUGCAUCUUUAUGGACAAACACAUUACUCAAGAGAUUAUGUUGACAAGUCUGCUGUUCUUAAGGAAAGAUCUAAAUAUGACCAGUAUGCAGAAAUUCCAAGAUUGGAUGAGUAUUUAAAAACUGCAAAUCCAUAUGAAAGGGAAAGUUUGAUGCAAAAAUUACAGAGCUUAGCAACAAAAGACAGGAGAGAGAAUCGUGACCCACAGUGGCUUUCACAAUGGACAGGUCCUGUGUGAAACCAUUUCACAAGGGAGAAGCCAUGCAUUGCUGAAAUCUGGAAAAUGUUUGUUAAUAUAUUCCAAUACAACAAUCAUUCACUCAUCUUUUAAAUCCACUGCAAUUGUUGAAAACAAUGAUAAAACUUCUUCAUUGUCAAAGUCACUUUGAAUGUAAAUAGUCACGUCUGCACUAUAUUUUUUCCUUACAGUCCAGGAAAAUUACUGACAAUCUGAAAACAAGGUGAUACAGUGAUAAACAAGAGACAACAAAGUUGUUGUUGCAGAAAGACUUUGCAGCUUUUUUAUCUAUCUUAAUCAGUUAAUUGGGAGAGUUCUUUCAUUAUGGCUGAUAUACCGAUCAUUAAUUCAACAAACUAAGAUGUAUAUCUGUAGAGAGAGAAAACUUUGUCAUAAAAAAUAAAGGGAAAAUAUUUAUUGAUUUU